CCGGUUUGGAAGCCGCCGCGACCUCCACUCGGACCAUUGCAGUUGCAGCCGGCGGCGGCGAGGGAGUAGUCCGGCCAUGGCGGACUCCGGCAGCCCGUGGAAGCGGGACGAAGAGGAGGAGGACGACGUGUCUGCUUGGAUUCGUCCUUCUUUGUCGACCGCAGGUUCGUCGCUUGGGAAGCUACGAACGAGAUGACGACCUUCACCUUCGGAUCCGCCAUGUGCUGCACCGGGCCGCUUCCAGUUAGUGCUUCUUGCUCCUAGACUUCUUUCUUGCAAAGCAGUUAUGGAGAUGGAUUCAAGCACUGAUUAUGGCCUUACUGGACAGUUAGUGUGGCCAGAUGCAGUCCUGAUGAACAACUACCUAUCUGAACACCCAGAAACUGUAAAGGGAUGUUCAGUAAUUGAGUUUGGAUCUGGGAUUGGUAUUACUGGCAUAUUGUGCAGCCGUUUCUGCAAAGUGGCUGUCUUGACUGAUCACAAUGAUGAAGUUCUAGAGAUUAUAAAUAAAAUUAUAGAGAUGCAGUCAUGUGCAAAUGCAGUGCUGACAGCUGAGAAGCUAGAGUGGGGAAACCAUGAUCAUAUAAGCAAUAUCAUUAAAAAGCAUCCUGUUGGAUUUGAUGUCGUUCUUGGAGCUGAUAUUUAUAUCCUUCUAAACUACUUUACUGUUACUAUUUUUAGUUCUGAUCAUCUCUUCUAUUCCUCCUGUCAUAUAUCAACUGUGCAUCUUGUGGACCUUGACUCGCAGAAAGCUUCCAGCAAUCUAGCAUUUCCUGUCUCUUUGAUACUGUAGGAAAAAAUUGAAUUCAAGCUGGUAAAUGCAGAUUCAAAUUGGCUUGUGUGUCACGAGCUAAAGUCAUGGAUGCACUAGUACUCAAGGAAGCUGAAAAGCAUGGAAUGUGUGUUAAAGAAGUGGAUGGAACAAGAACAACCAUCUCAAAUCUUGAAGGAGUCAUAUUUGAUAUUACCCUUAAAUGAUACCCUGCCCUUUGCCUCUCCUUUGACGAAAUGCUUGGUUGCUCUUCAGUCAUGAAGAUCUGUAGAGCCUUCUUUUAGCAGGAAAAUCGAUUUUCCGCAUGUAUGAUGAGCUGGGCAUAUGGUAGUUGUAUCUCCCAGAGGAUGAAGCAAUACCAUACUGCCACAAUAACAUCGUUACUAAUGACGGACUUCACUUCAUAUGAUCAUCUGGUGUGGUAUUCUACUUCAGCCUCAUCCUUUUCUCUAAUGAAGAAGCACCGAAUCAUGAGUGGUGAUGUUACAAGUCAUAACUUUCUCAGACUAUCUAUCAGUGAGAUGACCAGACUCUGAAAGUCCUGAGACGAAGAGUUGCUGAAAGAAGUGGCAUCAUGUGAGUUUCAGGUGCUGGCCCGAAAAAGCUCUGAAAUACCAUGAGCUCGUGUUUGGUGUAGCAUGUAAAACAUCAAUCGAACAGAAACAUUCAGCACAUCCUUCAAUGCAUGUAAGAUGGAUCCAAUUUGCUGCCUUGUUA